AUCAACCAAACAACCCAAAAAAAAAAAAAAAAAAAAAAAGCUCCAAUCUUGACCUUUCUUUUCCUCCAAGUUUCUUGGUCUCCUUCUCUUUCAAUCUCCAUUAACCAUUUCUGAUCUGGUUUUCUUCGCUUUUUCUUCUUCAUCACGACGAUGAUGAUGAUGGUGGGUCGCAGUGGGGCCAGCAAGCAACUGGCCGUUUCCAUGCUGGGCAUGGCAGGCACACGCUUCUUCUCCACUGCAACCCCACAGGCCGCCAUCGCCGGCCUCCGCGGAUCGGCGUUGGUCUCAGAGAAGAAGGGUGGUUUUUCUCCGGUGGAUAUUCCGGCAUGGCCAAAGACCACAGCCGUUCACCACAUGCAGAGUGGCUAUUUGCAUGGCACCAGGAGUCGAAGCACUCUGGCACUAAACCAAGAAAAGGCAAAAGAGUCCGAAAAGCAGACCAAAACCGACUCGGACCACUCGGUCUCGGCCGAAGCCGGUAGGGACGAGAAGGGAAUCGUCAGCUACUGGGGCGUCCCACCUAGUAAAGUUGUUAAGGAAGAUGGUACAGAGUGGAAGUGGACCUGCUUUAGGCCAUGGGAGACUUACAAAUCUGACCUCUCCAUUGACCUGACUAAACACCACGUCCCAACAAAUUUCAUGGACAAAUUGGCUUAUUGGAGUGUCAAAAUCCUCCGAUGGCCUACCGAUUUAUUCUUUCAGAGAAGAUAUGGUUGCCGAGCAAUGAUGCUGGAAACAGUGGCAGCAGUACCAGGAAUGGUGGGAGGGAUGCUUCUCCACUGCAAAUCAUUGAGAAGGUUCGAACAAAGUGGAGGGUGGAUCAAAGCGCUUCUUGAAGAAGCAGAGAACGAGAGAAUGCACCUCAUGACUUUCAUGGAAGUGUCUAAACCCAGGUGGUAUGAGCGAGCUCUGGUUUUCACAGUCCAAGGGAUAUUCUUCAACGCCUACUUCUUGGGAUAUCUGAUUUCCCCAAAAUUCGCUCACAGAGUGGUGGGUUAUCUGGAAGAAGAAGCCAUUCAUUCUUACACUGAGUUUCUCAAGGAGUUGGAUAAAGGGAACAUCGAUAAUGUUCCUGCUCCGGCUAUAGCCAUUGAUUACUGGCAGCUUCCCAAGGAUUCUACAUUGAGAGAUGUUGUUAUGGUCGUCAGGGCUGAUGAGGCUCACCACCGCGAUGUCAACCACUUUGCAUCCGAUGUGCAUUAUCAGGGACGUGAGUUGAAGGAUUCACCUGCUCCAAUUGGUUAUCACUGAAGACUCUCAGAGAGAGAUCACUAUACGAGUUUUGGUUCUAAGCCUUUUGUUUAAUGAGGAAGUUAAGCAAUAAAGCUGACAAUUUCAAGAAUUAUAAAAUAUUAUAUGAUGAUGAUUAAAUACACGUAUUUUGAAGGUGGUAGUUUAAGUUUGUGUUUUCUUUGUACGAUCUGCUAUCAAACUUUUUUUUUUUUUUUUUUUUUGUGUAAAUAAAUAUUCAAGGAUUAUGUAACUUGUUUUGAUUAUCGAAUAUAUUGUUUCAUUUGUUUAA